AUGAAUGUUUCCCUUCACUUCCACGAACAAUCCCCACGUGAGUCCCUGAAAACUGAAAAAUUCCAGGACAUAUACAUCGUGGCGGUGCCAUCGAUGUCAGGCAAUUACGACGAAGAGAUUCAGAAGCGGCUGACCCGUGCAACAAAGCGAAAACUCCUGGAGGACCUGGAGGGAGAUGGCCUGCUGCCAUCAGGCCUACCAUCAGGGCUGCUGGACAGCCUGAUGGCGUCACUGAUAAAGAAUUUUCAAAUAACAGUGACAAACGUUCACGUGAGAUACGAGGAGAAAUUCUCGUGCAGUUCAAGAAUGGCCUGCGGCCUGUGCAUCCAGUCCUUCUCGAUAGCAACGACGAAUAACAAGUGGAAACCGGGAGUAACACCCCCAACCUCUACCUCAAUCUACCAAUUAAUCCGAGUGGAAUCCCUGUCCCUGUACCUCAACCCCAACGGCAGUCCAUCCCUGGAGUUCUACCCGAACCCCUGGGACUUCCAGAAUCUCGUCGAAUGGAAAGCGAUAAUGCAUCGUUCUCUGCGCACAUUCUCCAUCAACACCGAGGAAUUUGACUUCCUCAUCAAGCCCUUCACCACGAAAAUCAAAGUAAUCGUCAAUCAGAGCAGCACAGGCCAGCCCUCUAGAAUGCUAGUGGACAUUGUCCUCCAGGACGUGGCGAUGCAGUUGUCAGAGGGUCAGUUCUCCUGUUUCUGCAAGCUGUGGAGAUCCUUGCAGCAGGGACCAGUGGAGAGGAAUCGAUUGACUCAGCGUUCUCACCCCACCUGCCUCCUCCGAGAGAAUCCUCGCGCCUGGUGGAGGUACGCCCUCACAGCAGUUCUCGAGCAGAACAUCCGCCCCUACACCUGGGAGUACAUCAAGAAUCACCGGAGGAACUACAAAAAAUACAAGGAGACCUUCAUGCAGACCCUCAUUCGCCCGAACGACACGGAAUUGAAGCUCGACCUCCAGAAGUACGAGGACUGCCUCUCAAUCCUGAAUAUCAUAAUCGCCAGGGAAGAGGGCAAAAUCGAAUUAAAAAAACGUGAACCCGACUGCGUCACUGUGGAGACCCUCAAUUCAAAUAUCAAACUCCUGGUGAAUCUCGAGAGGCUCCAGGAGGUGUCCGGUGUUCCUGUCAGCCCCAAAUCCCUGAAAAACCACUGCGAGGAUCUCGCUAAGCUCAAGCUCGAGCCCUUCCCCAAUAGCAUCGAACGCAAAUACAAUUUCACUCUCGCCAAUUGGUCAUUCAGUCUAUUAACGAGUGACUCAAGCUCUCGUGAACGUGAAAUUCUUGUUGUGACGAUGGGACAAUUUCUCAUGAGCAUCGAAACACGUCCCCAACUCUCGGCAUUUAAAAUAUCCGCACGUGCUGAGAGUCUUGUUCUCGAAGGUGCCUCCUCCGUGGAGAACGACCUGGUGCCCCUCGUCACAGCUGACAACAUCCUCACAGGUAACACAGCCUCGAAUUUUCUGGCGAUUGACUUCGAGAAAAAUCCCAAGGACAGCGACUUCAAUUAUGAAGUCAACGUGAGACUCGAGGCCUUUGAGGUAACGUACCACGAUUUUGCCAUGAGAGAAAUAAUAAAUUACUUCAAACGUAAUAAACCAAACGUGAGUCACUUCGUCUGGAGUAUGCAGAAGGCGUACGGUAGAACGAGGAAGAAAUUCCUGGGGGUUGUGAGUUCAAUAAUGAAUAGACGACUUCGUGUGAAUCUCAAGCUAGACGUCAAGGGUCCCUACAUCGUCUUCCCCGACGGUGGCUCACACCAUCCCCUGUGUGGCAAUAUUAUUAUCCUGGAUCUAGGUAGAUUGACCCUGAAGACAGAACUCCAGCCUCCGGAGGUGCAGCUGGAGGACGCAACUCUCAUGGAACUCGAGGAACUACUUUACGAUCGCAUCCACGUCGUCCUCUCAGACACUCAGGUACUCAUCUGUCACUCGGGCGACGACUGGCGGGACUCUCGAAAUCUCAAGGACUCGGAUUUUCACAUUGUUCCGAAGAUCCAGGCGAAUGUCACCAUAUCCUUCAGCAUAAAACCAGAUUAUCGUCUUCUCCCGAGGCUAAAGCUCAACGUCUCCAUCUCAACAGUCAAAUUCAACGUCUCGAAGCACAAACUCGUGUGUCUCAAUGAUUUUCUCUCGCAGGUAUCAAUCCCCCAUCCCCAGGACCUGGAGGACCUGCGGAGAAGUCUCCUGAGGGUCCAGGAAAACGUCAGUGAGUGCCUGGUGACGUCCACCCGGGAGCUCACAAAAAUAAGAACCAUCGUCGCCCUCGCGUCCUUCGUCAUCAUCAGAAAGAAAUCGGAUUACGGGGUAAAUGGCAUCGAACCCCUGAAAACCGACUCCGAGAGGAGCGUCGUCUCCUCGGAGUUCAGUGAGGAAGACCUAGAGCAGUGGAUAAAAUCCGUCAAUUUCUCAGGAUUCGACGACAACAUUUCACCACAUAACAACGUCAAUGUCCUCCUCAGGAUUGUCAUCGGAGAGCUGUCAAUCCACGCUAGUUACUCGAAAUCCAAUCCUGACAGCUCCGGCAACAGCUGUCACACACGGGAGAAGCCCUACCUCAUCCUCAGGCUAUGCACCAUCUACCUGGAGUCUGCCCUCAUGGAAUUCGGUCCAGCCCUUCAAUUUGGAGUGGGAACAAUUGUUCUUGCUGAUAAAACCAAUGCAGGAAUCACUGGUUCCUACCUGGAGCUCGUCUCUGGGGAUGGGAACUACGACGUUGUCGGUGUGGCGUACAGAAAGGUCAGGGCGAAUUGUCCGGACUUCAAGACUCACUUCAAGAGCAUCGAGCAGUCACUCGUGGUGAACACCAGGAACAUCAACGUUGUCUUUCAUAAACAGGCGUUCGUUAAACUCAAUGACUACCUGGAGGAUCUCCUCCACAUACCCUUUUCGUACAAUGCAGGAAAAAUCCCCAGUCUCUUGGAGGUGAUUAAGUACCUCAGGGGACUCUUCAGGAAAAGGGAGGCAGAUCCACCGGUACCAGCUGGUGCUAUAAAACUCAGUUAUUCAGCUAGACUCAACAGUUUACUCCUCAAGCUUUGCACCAAGGACAUGGAUCUCCUGGAGAUCAGGGUGAACAGCAUCGAGAGUGACUGCAUCUACAAUGCCAACGAGAGGAUGAUCCUGAGGGCUCACGUCGGUGGAAUAUCCAUUGAAGAUCUCAGUGACAUCACAUUAUACUCGAAGAUCCUCUCCACCGAGGAUGACAAACUCCUUGAUCUCAAGUACGUCAGACACGCCCCCAAAUUGUACUCCUCGAAGAUGACGGACGUUAAUCUAUCUGGGGAUGACGACGUCAAGACCGAUGGGAGCUUCAAGCUCUCCCUCGGGAAGAUUAAUUUUGUGGUGCUGUCUGAAGUCUUCAGGAAUUGCAGACACUUUGGGGAACCGUUUGGUCAUCUCCUCGGGGGAAUAUUCCCCAAUGGAUUGUCCAGGAUAUUCGUUAAUUGGAGUGUUGAGGAGCUCAGGAAGAGUCCCACGAAGUUGCAUAUAUCCAUUGACCUCCAGGGGCCGACGUUCCUUUUUCCCCAGAAGAGAGAUCUACCCAAUACUCUUGUCCUUGAUCUUGGAUUGUUGACGAUCGAGAAUUUCUUCAAGAGAAAUGGCAGUGAUGAGAUCGUUGUUGAUAAUCUACUGGUGAAGCUCGAGGCUGUGGUGGUAUCCAGGGCGAUCAUGACUCUUGCUGGAGUUCUCAAGGUUCAGGAACCUAUUGUUGAGCAUGUGGAGGUGAGGCUCGAUGUCAAGAGGAAUAUUGAGUGCUGGAGGGGUGGAGCUCAGGUUUAUGGACUCUGUGAGGUAGUGGGAUCUGUUGAACAGCUGGUUGUCAAUCUCAGUCGGAAGGAUCUCGCUGGGAUCCUCAAUAUUUGGGAGGACAAUAUCGGAAAGAUCGUCAGGAUGAAGGCUGAAGCCUCUGGGGAUUUCUCUCAGGGAUACUGCGGGGGUGAUGCCACUAUGAGGAAGCUCGAGGUAUUUUUUACCAAUGAGGAACAUCCCGUUUGCGAGGUCAACAUGAAGGUCUCCUUCGAUGGACUCCAGGUCAAUCUUUUCUCGGAUUCUGAUGAGGUCUUGAGUUCUCCAGUGAGGGAUUUGAACAACGGUCUGGGGAAAUUGAACUUGGGGGAGGUGAUGUUGUCCUUCGAAUUGUACAGCAAUAGAAGCAUGAGUAUGAAGAUCUCCCUCAGGACUUGUACCCUGGAAGAUACCAGGAAGGAGCCGGCUGUCAUCAGGAAAAUAAUCCAGUCACCAGCGAAAUCAGCAGGUCUGAAUUUCGAAUCAGUGAUAUCAGUGUCAGAGCCGCCAGUGUUCGACUUUACAUUUACCCAAGCACCAGCUGGUGACAAAUGCAUUGACAUGCUGAUAGAGGAGACCCGAGUGAACCUGUCGAUUCCAUUUUUUCUCCAGCUGACAAAAUACUUUGUGGAGUCUCUGCCGACGGAGCAGAUUGACAGAGGAGUGAUCAACGAGGCGUACGAGGGCAACAACCACGUGGACGACCUAAAGACAAAGCCCCCGCAAUUGAUAAUUGAGCAGCCAAUGGAGCUAGAGGAGCAGUCAGGUACCUCAGUGUCCAUCAGAAUCAGAAAACCAGAGAUUCUGCUGUUCGGUGAUCUCAAGGCCAGCAAUGCUCAUGCCAUUCUGGUUCAGGCGGAACUCAUGAUUGAGAGCAGCAGGCACCUGGGCUCGUCCUCUGUUGUCUGCAGUUUCUCCAAUGUCUGUGCUAAAAGCAAGAGCCAGGAAAGAUUUCGUAGACAGCCACCACAAUGGGUUCUUCGACCCUGUGACAUCGACGUCUGCUCCAGGGAGAAGAGCACUGAUGAUCAAGGACAGAUCAUCCUCGAGGUCAGCUCUGUUGAUAUACAUCUGUCUGCUGGAACUGUCUGCACUCUUAAUCAAAUUUUGCGAGAUGCUUCGGAAAUAUUGAAGAUCAUCGACGCCAAAUUCGAGAGCAAGAACGAUUUCACGGAGAUAAUUGGAUACGCGGACCUCUGGUCACCGAAGAAGAUAUUCUCAUCCCCAUACCGAGGGAAUCCAAAUGGACACUGGGAGAUGCUGUCCCCACGAGCCCCACCUAUGGAGGAUCCAGCUGUGAACCUGAUAAAGAUAUUGAGCCUGAAGCCCUUCGAAAUCCACGUUAUCCUGGAGAUGGAGGAUACCGUGGAGAGAAUUCCCAUGGUGAAAGCAGAGAUCGAACUCGGGGCUUCAAUCACAUCUCUCAAUUCCACUUACAAAUUCGAUUCUAGCUUCAAAAUUCAUGCAUUCUGUUAUAAUGCCAGUCGAGGGAGCUGGGAGCCUUUCAUCGAACUCUGCACCAAGGAUGACGUCACUUAUUACCCCUGGGAACUCUCGAUAAAGGUGUAUCAGGCGGAGUCCCACGAGCUGAACUCGUGCCCGAGCCCCAAUCCGAAUCAAACAAAGAACCCGAUGAAGAGAUCGACCUCGAGAAAAAAGCGAAACAAUCAGAACUCCACCGAGGACGACCAGAGCAACGAGGACAUGCUCUUCAUUCACCCAGACACAGCCCAGAUGUGCUCCAAGGUUAGCCUCCACGAGUACAGCUUCGAGCACGACGAGGAUUCCGACUCUAACGAGGACGAGGCACCAGAAAAACUCGCCAGGAGUUUCAGUCAUCUCUUCACCAACGAUGAGACCGACGAAGACGACGACGACGACACCGACUCCGAUACCUCCAGCAAAUGCGAGGACGAGGGACUGGAGCUCACCCCAGAGCACGUCGUCUCCACCAGAAAACUCUCUUACUCCACCGUAAAACCUCUCACCAGGGCACUCACAGAACCCUCACCCCUGGCUAAUUACAUCGUCAUCAGUGCUGAGGACAGAAUAAAUUUUACUGUUACACAGAAUACAAUAACUAUUCUGGACAUUAUAUUAAAUAUUUUCACGAAGAAUCAGACAGGAAUUCCAAUUGUACCGACAAACGCUGGGAAAUUGAGUCUCAUCAAUGAGAUUGGACAUGCGAGUAGAAUUGAAUUAAUUGCUGAAGAAAAGGGAACAGACUCGGUGAGCCGUAUCCUGGCGUGGAAGGAGUUCAACCCCUUGAACUCUCCAACGAGUGCCCCAAGUACUCCAGACUCUGAGUUCUGUAUGAGCGAGCACUUCAUGGAGUCAGCCUUCACCGAGGAUUCAACAACAACAACAACAAGCCUGAAUGGUCCCGUGAUAUUUCCAGAUGACUCCCCAGUGCAUAUCUACAACAGCAUGACAGAGGAAUCUCUGCGAAUUCACAUAGACACCUUCGAGGACACGAUGAUCUACUGCCCCAAGUGGCAGGGAACAAAAUUGAUUCGCCUGCGUCCCACAAAAAAUAGUGUAACGUAUCACCUGAUUGUUGAGGUAUCCACAGAUCAUCAGCUCCACCGUACCAUCACCGUGAGGGCUCCUCUCCAGGUGAAAAACGAGACGUGCUACGCCCUGGGGCUGUAUUACAAGAAAAAAAUGGCUGUUGAUCUGGAUCUGGACAGUUAUCUGAAUGGCGAGGCCUCGAAUCCCUUCGAUGACAGCAUGAGGAUUACUGUCAUCGAGCCCCACGACGUCUACAAUGUUCCCAUGUACAUCACCUAUCACUUCACCAUUCAUUUAGCACCAGUUCACUUCACCAAGUUCGAGGUAUCCCCUGUUGGCAUCUCCUGGAAAGAACUCUCUGAUCACAUGAACUCCCCCAAGGACAUCUACUGCACAUCAACCUCAGCCAUCUUCGGGGUCAAGGUAUUCUGCAGUGAGAACUCCAAGUACUCUAAGUACCAGUGGGCAAACUCUGGACAAGUACCUCAGUAUCUCAUCACAAUUGUUCCACCACUUGUAUUCGAUAAUAAACUGCCUUUCGUUGUCGAUAUCAAUGUACCCUCCAUCGAGUACGAGGUGAGGAUCGAACCUGGACAGAGGAUUGACGUCUAUAAUAUCAGAUGUGACGCAGACACAACGAUAAACUUCAAGAUCCAGAACUACCUGUCGACCCAGUGGGCCGGAACCUUCAAGCUGUCCUCGGAGCUGGACCGAAAGCUGGUGAAGAUGUUCGCAGACGGUGAAACAGAUGCUGUCUGGCGUCCCUUCGUCCUCUGCGUCGAGCUGAACAAAUCCACCAGCUGGACAGUGGUGAUCUACUCCGAGUACUGGAUAAUAAACAAAACAGGCCUCCCCCUGAAGCUCCAGGAGACGCUCUCCAACACAGUUGAGAUUCCAGACGAGGAGCUGAUCGUCUUCUCCCAGAGGAAAAAUCGUCGUAAGCCAGUGAUGCUGAAGAUCCACCAGUCCGACUGGUCCCUGCCUUUCAGCCUGGACGCCAUAAACUCCAUGUCCCUGAUAGCCUGCAAGGACAUGGAGCGCAGAAGGAAGUACAGAAUCCUCACUGAAAUCGUCGACUCGAGUCUCUCACCCACGUUCACGCGAAUAAUCACAUUCCUCCCUUAUUUCUUCAUCAAGAACACGACGAAGAGGGCCCUGAGGUUCAUGGAGGAGAACGAGGACGCAGAUCUGUGGAACGACCUGUUGCCAGGACAGGGGACAGCCUUUUGGCCGUACACAGACUCCCUGAGGAUGAGGGUAAAGUGGAAGAACAGUCAAUUGGUCUCUCAGCACUUCAGUCUUACUAGUUCUGGGAAGAUAGUCCUGAGGAUGGAGAAUGGCUCUGCCCUCUGCGUUGACAUCGAUGGAGGCAACAGCUCUCCCUACUGCAUCACCUUCGAGAGAUACGUCUCUGGGGAUGCACCAGUGCGUGUGGACAAUCUCUGUGAGGAUCUCUUCCUCAAGCUCAAUCAGUCCGAUCUUGGACAGGUGGCACUUCUCAGUCCUUAUCAGAGUCUUCUCUACACCUGGGACGAUCCCACAGAGUCCAGAGAACUCAUCUGGAAUGUCUACAACACCAAGACCAAGGGAUAUCCAGCUAUCUUCGAGGCUGAUGGAUUUGGACAGGAGGUCGUCACGUUUAGGACCCUCAAGAGGUCCCCGGAGAUGGUAUACUCCUCUGGGAGCAGACGGGGCAGGAAUACCCGGGGAAAAUCCAGGACUGAGUCUCAUGAAUCUCAGAGAUCUGUUGAUCAUGAUGACUCCAGCAGUGCAAGCUCUGAUGAAGACUCUACCCUGGAGGAUGAUAAAAUUGAUAAACUCGAUAAGAUCAAGCAGGUACAGAAGAUUCAGAAGAAUAAAACUAUUAUCUACUGGAUCAGCUACUUGGAGAAGAGGCAGAGGGUUCUCACUUUUACUCAGGACGAGCACAUCUUCCUGAAGAUGAGGGCUGCUGUCGAUCCAGAGUACAGCAGGACAGAGGUGUUCCUGGGAUUGUCAGGUGUGGGAAUCAGUAUUGUAGCUGAUGACUGCACAGUCUCCCGGACAUCCAGCAGAGAAUUGGCGUACGCUAGUGUGACAGAUUCAUCAGCUCACUGGGAGGUGGACAUUGGUAAACGAUGGAAGUCCCUGACCCUGGAGCUAAACGCGUGGUUGGAGGACAAGUACAGGACAUCAGCAGAGUCAGCAAAACUCGACAACUCCAUCGACGUUAAUUUCUCAAAAAUGCACAUCACGAAGCCCUUCUUCGGAAAACUCAGGAGAACAUACUGUCCAGGUAUCUGGAUGCACCUGAGAAGAUCGAACACCCUGACGUACCUCCAGGGAUACAUUCACCGAGUUCAGGUGGACGACCAGAAGACAGACUCUGUUUUUCCAGUUGUGUUGAGACCUGGUGGCAAGAGGUGCUGGGGGAACGGUCUAGGUGGCAGAAUGAAGCAUUCCCUGGAGUUCUGUUUGGUGAGACAGGCCAGGGCAACCUGCAAUGUCUUCAAGAGGAUUCAGGUGGUCCUCAGGGAAAUGCAUGUCAAUCUCCAAGAGGAAUUUCUCGUUGGUCUCGUCCAGGAACUCAUCCCCAAGAACAGAGAUGAGAGCAAGACGUCUCUCGCUGGGAGACUGAAGGCGGAUCUGGCGAAUGUUUAUUUUCCUCUUGGAGGUGAGAACCGGUGUGGACGAGGGGAUUUCGUAGAGAGCCUUUAUGUGGCGCCUGUUAAGGUGCAUGUGAAACUCCUGGCGUCUGCUGAGGGCAGGGAGGAGGUCUCGGGAUUCGGUGGGGUCUUCGAUUAUGCCAGCAAGGGAAGCUUCCUCAAGCAGGCCGAGUUCAGGCUCCCUCAGUUUGAGAGGACAAUCCUCAGGACUGGACUUGGGAAACUCUCUGAAGACCUGUGGAAGGGCUACUGCACGGAAAUCAGGCACCAGUUCAAUGUCACUGUCCAGGGGAUUACUGUACUAGGGAAUCCCUUUGGCUAUAAUUUUAAGGCACCUGGCGACGCUUUUUAUGACACUGACGGCCUGCAUCUACAGGGCGAUGAGACAGCGGAGAAAUUAUCCCACAGUGUCUGCUGUCUUCUGGGAUACUCAAGCAUGGAUGGACUCCAGGCUCCACUGAUAAGCCUGAAUCACCUGGAGCAAGAUUGCCAGGGCGGGAUGAGGCCGAAGGUGUCUCGUUUCGAGAGCACAGACACUCCCCUGUCAGCCCUGACUCUGGACCGUUCUUAUUCGAUAGGAGUCGAGCUGGAGAUGUCUGGGUUGAUAGUGAAGCCCACGGACAACACCCACCAGGAGGAGCUCAAGUACUCCCUGAAGGAGCUCGGCAAGGGCAUCCUCAGUCUCGCCAAACUCGAGGACGGAAAAUCCUCCCUGAGGAUAGAACCUGGACUCAUCCUCGACACCAUCAAACGCGCCCAGGAACGGGGCUACAACUUCGUAUCGAGAGUUCGUUUUCCACGGUACAUCAAUCCUUACUCCACUGUUGAAUUGUACUCGACGUACAAGGCCAGGGGAAUGUACCUCCUCAACACCAUCACCAAGAGCGAAUACCAGAACUCUGAAACGUACUGGGCACAUGCUGCACUCUCCAGCGAUGGAAAACACAUCGCUCUCGUGUCUCUACAGAAAAUUUAUCUCCUGGAGAAGCGAUGCAGCAUCUGGGCAUCCUGGAACGUGGCGUGGUCUAUAGAAACGAAAGAGCUGACAGAGGCACCGACCAUUUCAGAAAAUAAACUAAUUCUCCAUGUAAAUAAACCACAACAGCCCCAGAUAAUGUCCCAAUCACCUCCAGACUGGUACCUGGAGUGCAACGACAUAACGACCCUGGAGUGGCUCUCGAAGAAGAUAAAUACUGCCAUGAUCCUGAACCUGAUAAACUCUCGGUGCAGAACAGUCUAAUCCCUCUCUAAAAAAAAAUCAACUCCCCAAAAAAGCCCACCCCCAAAAUUGACAGUCAUAUAAUUGGAUAAAGUACAUCUAGUUUAUUUCAUAAUUUAUUUACAAAAAGUCUUAGUAAAUUACACUUACAGGCAUCUCCACUCGAAACUAAAGUAAAUAAUUUAAGAGCUACACGUAUUAAGAUGUCUAUAGAGUAGGAUACUUUGGGGGGCUGGGGAGUAAGCCAAGAUUCAGGGAAACGUGUAUGUUGUGUUAUCCAUUAAUAUCCUCCGAGUUUCGUUAUCGGUUCCUAUUUUUCCCAGAAAAAAAAACAAUAAUCACUUAAAAAAUUGAAGAAAUUAAAGAAAUAAAAACCCAUUGAAUCCUCCAUCGGCGCCACACAAUGAGGAAUGACAGGAAAAAAUAAUUGAUUCACUUGCAUAAAAACAAAAAAGAUAAAGAAUAACUCCA